AGUUUAAAUGCUGUCACCGUUGUCACGUGAAAACGUCUACAAGGAGCUAGCAGGAUCUACGUUCUUGAAAACCAAAAGGGAUCUGAAAGAUCGUAUUCAUGUAAAAUGAUUCGUGUUAAGUUUGCGACAGGCUACUACUACAAGGGAUAGCUAAGUGACGAAGACGGCAGACCCAAUGGACUCAAAAGGAACGUCGCUUGGAGCCAGCACUUCACUAGAUGUGACUGGUGUAGAAGAUGACCCGUUGGUGGACGGACCGCUCAUCUCACCAGAUGCUCUCCAUUCUGCCAUACGGAGAGAAUUUCAGAGCAUAUCUACACCUUGCACUGCCAUCCUUCUAUCAAUGCUACAUGUGGUGUACGUUGCCCUGGCGGUGGCUCUGGCGGUGGCUUGCAUGUUGAAACUGGGCAGAGAGGACGAGUGCAUCAGGCUGCUGGGGACUGCACAGGGGGACAACGUGAUCGUGCUGGGGAAGGUGGGACUGUGGCUGCUGGUGCUGCUGUUCAACGUCUGCGUCCAGCACCAUCACAGUAGCGCGAGGAACCGAGGAUACCUCCGUUUCUAUAGAGACACCCGGGGGCUGAAACACCUGCCUGUCACUGUGCACUCCACAGGGAACGUGGCUGUGUUAGUAGCCCUGUGUGUGGAUCUACAACCCACCGUGAAAGUGUACGUGCUGCUCAGCAUUCUGGGAUUGGAGCUCCUCGUUUCUCUGCCAUGCCUCGUCAUCUAUACAGUGAGAGUGAUGCGGUUCAACAGAGAGAGAGCGGCUCCGGACAUCAGUCAGGAGGAACAAUCACACCCCUACAGCCACACCAGCCUGCCUACUGAGACUGGCUUCAGGGAAGGUUCCAAUCUGGAGGAGGUGGUGGAGAAGCAGGCUGACCUGAUAGAGUAUUUGAAGCAACACAACACCCUGCUGAGCAAGAGGCUGCUCAACCUGACCGCCCAACACUGAGCCGCCCACCUGAACCUCGACUCACGUCCACCUACUCCACGGUCGCCCCCGUGAGCACGCUGGCCGUCCUGCCGGCUCGGCUUAGAGGGAGUAGACAAAGAAUGAGGGGAGGGUGGGGGCUGGGGGUGGGAUGGCUGGGGUGGGGGUGGAUACCUACUGGAAAAGGGACUGACUUGAGGGGGAGGAUUAGAGACUGACGGAAGAUAUCCACUGUUUACUGAGAAAGGGAGCUCUGUACACACACACCUGUGCACACACGGAGAGAGAGAAAGAGAGAGAGAGAGGGUUUUGGGUGUGUUUUGAAGAGCUGGAUCAGCUGACAGAGAUGGACAGAUAACAAAGGAGAGAGGGAUGAGAGGUCGGGGAUGAAGAAUAUGGAGGAGAGAGUGGAGGAUAGAAGAGGAGGAGGAGGUGGUGGUGGCGUUGAGGGGAUGUGGGUCACAGAUCAGAGAGGAGGAGUUUUAUUGCUGUGUGAUGACCCUAAGUGACCUGUGUGUGUGAGGGUGAGAGAGAAAGAAUAGACAAUUGCUCUAGGUAUCAUGUGCCUAGUUGUGAUGUGACAAAGCCAAAAGCACUGAGGGGAGGGGGAGGGGGGGAUUGGCAGAAGAAGGGAAUGAGGUUUGGUUACUGGAGCACCACGCUGUAAGGGUUAUUGUACUAAGAGAAUGCUAAUGUGUGUGUGUGUGUGUAUGUGUAAGCGUUUAACCCUGCUAAGAUUGUGUAUUUUGGGGUACUCUUAUGCUGAUAACGGAAUGUGUGUGAAGUAAUGGAUUUUGCAACUGUGAGCACUAGUUUCAAUAAAUGUGAAUUUGUGUGUUGAUAU